AUGGGCGCCGUCGCCUCCCGGAGGAGGGCGCUAAGAAGCGAGGCCAUGUCCUCGGUGGCGGCCAAAGUGCGAGCAGCCCGAGCGUUUGGCGAGUACCUGUCCCAGAGUCACCCCGAAAACCGGAACGGUGCAGACCACCUGCUGGCUGACGCCUACUCUGGCCACGACGGGUCCCCCGAGAUGCAGCCGGCUCCUCAGAACAAGCGCCGCCUCUCCCUCAUCUCCAACGGCCGCUAUGAGGGCAGCCUUCCGGAGGAGGCUGCCAGCGGGAAGCCGGCCUGUGAGGGCCCCCAGCCCCGCGUGUACACCAUCUCAGGGGAGCCGGCCCUGCUGCCCGGCCCGGAGGCCGAGGCCAUCGAGCUGGCUGUGGUGAAGGGGCGGCGGCAGGGGGAGCGGCACCCCCACCACCACAGCCAGCCCCUGCGCGCCAGCCCGGGCGGCAGUCACGAGGACGUCGGCAGGCCCUGCCAGAGCUGGGCGGGCAGCCGCCAGGGCUCCAAGGAGUGUCCCGGAUGCGCCCAGCUCGCCCCCAGUCCCUCCCCUCAGGCCUUUGGGGUGGACCAGCCGCCUCUGCCUGAGGGUCCCGGCCGCCGCAAGAAGCUGGAGAGGAUGUACAGUGUCGACCGAGUGUCUGAUGACGUCCCCAUCCGUACCUGGUUCCCCAAGGAAAACCUCUUCAGUUUCCAGACGGCAACCACAACUAUGCAAGCGGUGUUCAGGGGCUACGCGGAGAGGAAGCGCCGGAAACGGGAGAAUGAUUCCGCGUCUGUAAUCCAGAGGAACUUCCGCAAACACCUGCGCAUGGUCGGCAGCCGGCGGGUGAAGGCCCAGACGUUCGCCGAGCGGCGCGAGCGGAGCUUCAGCCGGUCCUGGAGCGACCCCACCCCCAUGAAAGCCGACACCUCUCACGACUCCCGAGACAGUAGUGACUUGCAGAGCUCCCAUUGCACCCUGGGCGAGCCUUUCGAGGACCUGGACUGGGAGACUGAGAAGGGCCUGGAGGCUGUAGCCUGCGACACUGAGGGCUUCGUGCCACCCAAGGUCAUGCUCAUCUCCUCCAAAGUGCCCAAAGCCGAGUACAUCCCCACCAUCAUCCGCAGGGACGACCCCGCCAUCAUCCCCAUCCUCUACGACCACGAGCAUGCGACCUUCGAGGACAUUCUGGAGGAGAUAGAGAAGAAGCUGAAUAUCUACCACAAGGGGGCCAAAAUCUGGAAGAUGCUGAUUUUCUGCCAGGGUGGCCCAGGACACUUGUACCUGCUCAAAAACAAGGUGGCCACCUUUGCCAAAGUGGAGAAGGAAGAGGACAUGAUCCACUUCUGGAAGCGGUUGAGCCGCUUGAUGAGCAAAGUGAACCCUGAGCCGAAUGUCAUCCACGUCAUGGGCUGCUAUGUCCUGGGGAACCCCAAUGGGGAGAAGCUCUUCCAGAACCUCAGGACCCUCAUGACUCCUUACAGGGUAAUCUUCGAGUCGCCCCUGGAGCUGUCGGCUCAAGGGAAGCAGAUGAUUGAGACCUACUUUGACUUCCGGCUGUACCGCCUGUGGAAGAGCCGCCAGCACUCGAAGCUGCUGGACUUGGAGGACGUUCUGUGA